AUGGCAGGACAAGACUGGUUUCUAGCCUUUAUGAGAAGACACCCUGUACUGGCCGUUCGUAAGGCUCAAGGUAUGUCUACUGCCAGGGCCAAGGGCAUGACAAAACAAGAAUGUACACAAUAUUUUGAAUUACUGGGAAACGUUCUUAGAGAAAAUCAUUUAUUGAAUACCCCACAAAAGAUUUUUAAUCUCGAUGAAACAGGAUUGCAAUUGAAUAACAAUCCAGGCAAAGUUGUGGUAACAAAAGGCGCUAAAAUGGUAAAUUGUAUCACAAGCGCUGAAAAGGGAGAAACUAUUUCCGUUAUAACCUGUGUAAACGCGGAAAGGACUUUUUUCCCACCCUGCUGCAUAUUUAAGGGCAAAAAUACAAAACGGGCAUUCGAAGCAACGGCAAGGUUAUUAUGGGCGAAAAGUCAGCUUAUGUCACAUCUGAAAUUUUCUUCCAAUGGUUUAAAGACUUUUUUAUUCCGCGGAAAGGUUCUAUUAAUUAUGGAUGGACAUUCCUCGCACUGUUCCAAUGUCGAACUCUUAGAUUAUGCUCUAGCGAAUGAUGUGAUCCUGUUUUUUUUUCCCAGCCACACCACUCAUUGGCUCCAACCGCUUGAUCGCUCAUUCUUUAAGUCCUUGAACGCUUAUUGGGCUCAAACUUGUCAAAACUGGGUACAUAGCAAUCCUGGUCGAAAACUAAGCCGAUUGCAAUUUGCCCAACUAUUAAAUAUUGUACUAGUAGCCACUAGGAAUUAUAUAUAUUAA